UAGCUUGCUAAUUUGGCCCGGCUCAUGCUGUACUCUUCACCUCGACGUUCGUGGAAGGCAUCAGAGUCAGGGUGCCAGAGCCGUUCCCGUGCUAGUCGGCGGGCGACAAACCCAAGAGGUGAAGAUCUGAAACAAGCCAUCGCCAAGUUUUUGCCACCUGCCCCUAUUGUGUGCCUUCUGCCUCACAGACAUCUCCUCAAGAGGUUCUAUUGGAUGGAUGGUGCAAGAACUCUGAAGGGUGUAGAAGCACUCAUAAAGAACACAGUUGCUGAGGAGGUCGAAAUAAGCAACAGACGCAGCAAGGAAUAACAGAGGAAACAGUAUUCCAAAAGGAGCACAAAAGAAAACUGUCACAUUAUUACAUUUUUAAUCAGGAAAAUGGGUUUGUCAAUCUCCUACCCACCAGAUGACUACCUGCCAGAGGAUGAAGAGGACACAGACCGACUGUUUGUCCGGUCCCUAAGCUUUGACAAUCUCAGCACUCUCGAGACCCUUGAAUCACCACCGGCAAUGCUCGACUCUCUGACAUCCAAGAGACUAAUCAUAAGAGGCUCCUUAAGCUUCAAGAAAAAGGAGGGUGAUCCAUAUCAAGUUGAAACUACGAUAUCCAUGGUGAGUCCUAAACCUGACAAGGAGACAAGCAAUCAUAAGUCUGCCGGCCUACCAAGAUGUGGGCCCAUGGAAAACCUGCCACCAGAUUCUCCGGUGAUCGGGAUGGUCAGCCCAAAGCACCAGGCUGCAGCAAUAAGGGUGCAGAAGGUGUACAAGAGCUUAAGGACAAGGCGGCAGCUUGCAGAUUGCGCUAUUCUUGUUGAACAACGCUGGUGGAAAUUACUUGAUUUUGCGCUGCUCAAGCGCAGUUCAGUGUCGUUCUUCGAGGUAGAGAAGCCGGAGUCGGCCCUCUCAAGGUGGUCUCGUGCCAGAAUGAGGGCUGCCAAGGUAGGGAAAGGUCUGUCCAAGGAUGAAAAGGCCCAGAAGCUUGCACUGCAACACUGGCUCGAAGCAGUAUACAUCAAAAUGAUUCUCUUCAAACACUUUUCAUUGAUUAAACAUCACAGAUCAAAUUACAAUUCAUUCAUGUUUCAUGGACAGAUUGACCCUCGACAUCGGUAUGGUCACAACCUCCACUACUAUUACCAGCACUGGCUACACUGUGAGAGCAAGCAGCCUUUCUUCUACUGGUUGGAUAUAGGUGAAGGAAAGGAGGUCAAUAUUGAGGGCCACUGCCCAAGAUGGAAGCUGCUGCAGCAAUGCAUCAGGUAUCUUGGUCCAAAAGAGAGAGAGUUCUACGAGACCAUCGUUGAGGAUGGGAAGAUGAUGUACAAGCUGAGCCGCAAGAUCGUCGACACAUCUGAGGGCCCUAGGGAUUCAAAAUGGAUCUUUGUAUUGAGCACAACGAGGGUACUAUACAUCGGCAAGAAGAACAAGGGCACAUUUCAGCACUCCAGCUUCCUUGCUGGUGGAGCCACGUCCGCAGCUGGGAGACUCAUUGUAGAGAAUGGAAUUCUAAAGGCUGUCUGGCCUCACAGCGGGCACUACCGUCCCACAGAGGCAAACUUCCGGGAGUUCAUGAACUUUCUGAAGAAGAGGAACGUGGAUCUUACAAAUGUCAAGUUGAGCCCAUCAGAAGGUGAGGAGGACGACUGGCUCAGGCUCAGGAGCGGCCUCCCCCAUGUCGACCUAACUGAGGGCAGAAAUCCUGAGAAGCAAGAAGACACCAAGUCCCAACACCCUCACCCUGACGAAGACAAAGCCACGACCACGACCAAGCCUGCCACAUCGCCAUCCACGAGCGGCGAGACAACAACUACUGCAUCAGCAAGCACGCCGGUGAUGAAGAGGUCCUCGUCCGGCAACCGGCUGCAACGCAAGCGGCCGCCAAGUCUAAGGGUGAACAAGAGCCGGCUGGGCAAGGGGACAGCGGAGCAUGGCGCUGGCGCGUUCGGGGACUGCUUGGACUUUUGCAAGGAGAACCUUUUCCGUGGUGGCGAGGGGGAGGUGAUGGUGGUGCCGCAGGAGAUGAUCCUGCAUCGGAUCAACUCCAAGAUGGCCUUGCACUCGUACCAGCUUGGGAACCAGCUCUCGUUCCGGUGGACCACCGGCGCUGGGCCAAGGAUCGGGUGCGUCCGGGACUACCCGCCGGAGCUGCAGUUCCGGUCGCUGGAGCAGGUCAGCCUGUCGCCGCGGGGUGGCGCGGGGCCGGCCAGGUACGGGACGCCGUGGCACAGCCCGUGCGCGCCACUCGUGUCACCGACGCCGGGGGGGCUCGGCUCGCCGCUGUACGGCGUGGCCGGGACACCUACGUCGCGACUGCAGCACGGUGCAGCCUAGAGCUCGUGCGUACGUGGUAGCGCGCGCAUAGUCCGUGACCAUGACUGCCAGGCUUGGCACUGCUGACCCGUGACCGUGACCGCGUGCGAAGAACAUGCGCGGCUGCGGCUGGACAGUGACAGUGAGUCCUAGAGCAAGUUUGUACCCUUAUUUGACCCAUUUUCUUUCUUUCUGUAGACACCUUAAUUUGUAAGUACUCUGGUUGGGAUAUACACACCGGGAUUUCCCUUCGUUUUCUUUCAAGUGUUCUAAAGUUAUCAGAAGGCUAUAUAGAAAUGUAGUGAUAGAGUCUGAUAAUUUA